CUAUCUAUCUAUCUAUCUAUCUAUCUAUCUAUCUAUCCACCCGUCCUUCCAUCAUCGACCUAUUAAAUAUAAAAAUGCAGAAUGCUUUCCGUGAGAGUUGUGUUUAAGGGUCACGGUUAUUAAUAUGUGGGUUAUUAACUACAAGUCCAUACUAAGAGCAAAUGACGGGAAUUCACGGAUCCUGAAGACUUGGCUAAUGAAUAUUGUUACCGCAGAGUUGUGGUCAGCUGGACAACUAAACUAAACUAAUAUUCGUUAAUAUUACCUAAAUAAAUCACAUCACUGUAUGUAAAAAAUAAACAAAUAAAUAUACAAACAAAAGAAAAAAAGUUUUACUUUUUUCAUUCGUUUAAGUAAAAUCAGAACUGUUGAUGAUACAAUUAAAUAAAUAAACGGUCAUUGUCCUAAUGCAUACAGGGAGAUGCAAGCACCUUAGUGAAGCGCCCCGCGCUGUCUGUCACAAAUUAUUCAAAAUUCAAUGUUAUAGGUCUACUCUCAAUAGUCGUAUAAUAGGCAUGCAAAAUUGUACUUGUGUAGUUCUGCAGGUUGGCACAAAAUAUUUAAAUAUCUAACGUUUAAUUACGCUGACAGGUAUAAAUUACAAGUUAUUAGGCCUACUGAUUAUGCAAACGUUGCGUAAAAACGACUAUAAUUAUGUUUUCACAGAUCCAGCAACGUGCUACUUAAUAGGCUAUAAGGAAAACUUUUAGACAUGUAAAAAAAAACACUGCCCCACGCUCCAAUGUUUUAAUGCACUGUUUUAAUGCACAAACACUGUCUGAAGAGUGUUUCAGUAAAUAUUAAUAGCAUACUGUCAUAAAUAAAUAGUAGAUCACUGAGAGUUCACAGCUGCUGAGUUUAUAAAUCACCUAUAGAGCCUAAUUAAGAGCCACGUGCGUUUAAUCAGACAGUCUACAGUCCAAGGAGCUCGCCUGCCUGUGCAUCAUGAGUGUGAGUCUAUUUUUUUUUUAAAGAUAGGCUAUAUCCUCUUCAGAGCUGCACAUAUUAAUAAAAUCACGAUUGAUUAUUUUACGAGUAGAAUCCAUGAUGCCUUUGUCCAAAAUAACAUUAGCAUGGCUAUUAUGAUACUCAUUGAAGAAAAAUCGUCCGUAUCCUUAAUCGAUCGGCUGGACGAAGUUGUUAUCAAGGAGCUGCAUAAAAACGAACAUAAGAAUGUCUCAUUAUUAUUACAAGCAAUUGAACAUCUGUUCGGUAAGGAUAAGGACACCAUCCAGAAACUUGUUCAGCACGGCUUGGUUGUGAAGAUAAGCAUUUAUUUAAUUCAGAUUAACAUUAAACCUCUAAAUUACUGGUCAGUGGCCCAUGAUAAUUUAUCACCUGCUCGCUUUUUUUACAUGUUGAAUUGGUUUGAGAUGGCGUCAGAGUAUGUUAAAGAACACCACAAGCCACCCAGGGACGCAAUGAAACUCAUAGAAAUUUUCUACGAGGUUACAAUGAGUCUGUGUCAGAUGACCAUUGCAGGCAGCAGCAAGAUCCUGGAUAUAUUUCUUCUGCGGUUUGGAGCUGUAGUUUUGGAUUGUGAAGUGCCUUUCUGUCUGCGUCUAGAGGCCAUCAGAACCAUCAACUCUAUGUUGGACAGCAGUCCCAAAGAAACAAGAAAGAAACUCUGCCAGUCAGAUGACCAUACUGGGCUCUUAGAAGACUUGGCAAAAGCGCUGACAGACAUUGGUGAUUAUGAAAUGCAGGUGGCCAUCUCUGAAGCACUCUGCAGGAUGACACCAAGGAAACUACGCGAACACUUUGCUGGAAAAUGGUUCAGUUUCAGAAGUUUUGCUUCAGCUUUUACUUCAAUUCGUGACAAAGAUUUUGAAACUGACUGUAGGACUUUUCUAAAUGAACUCAAUAGUUAUUUUGGGAACUCAAGAAGAGUCUUCUCGUUCCCUUGUAUUCAGGCAUUUCUUGAUUCAGCUGAGCUGUUUAAGCCUGAAGAUGAGUGUCUAAAAGAGUUUUGGGUGGAUUUCAACAUUGGAACAUCCACUAUUAGUUUCUUUGUAAAUGACCCACAGAACACACUGUGGGAGCUAAUUCACUUGCCUAAAGAUGUUGUCAGCAUGUAUGAACUUCAAGAGUGUGAUGAUCAGAAGAUUGUGGUUUUUCACAUGAGCACCCCAAUUUCUCAUGGAGAGAUCACUGGGAAAAUUGUCAAAAUCAUCUUUAGUUUAGAGCACAACAUCCAAACAGCCCUGACAAGAGUGUUUGCAGAGAAGCCACAGCCUGCCUCAGCCUCAAAGGACACUCUGCAAUCAGGGGAUGCUGUGACCACGAUAGAAGGACCCCAGCAUGAGCAAACGGUGAAGCUGCAAAAAUUUUCCAGUCCACCAGCUGGAGAAACUAAAGGUAUCCAUCAGCUUCCCCUUCUUUUGAGUGGACCAAGCAGAUAUUCAAUAUCAAAAGUCAAAGGAACCCCAGUUCAAGACAUCUUUGACUUCAAGGAUCAUUCAGAUACAGAGGUGAUCCUUGAGGUGUCUCAAUGUCUGAGUGACACUUUUGACACAGAACGAUCAGGGAAGUCACAUGACAAGAUGCCAAAGACUAUAAAGUUCAUGACUGCUUUGUGGAGGUACCAGGUUGAACGUGCCAAGACUGUAUUGUUCUCUCAGACAACAUCUUCUAAUGGGUCUACAAAGUCCCUGCCUGACAAUGUGGGUAGAACUCCUGUGAAGAAGAAAAUAAGGGUGCAUUCAGAUGAAUGGUUUCUCCGCAAGGUCACUCCACAUGCUGACUACAGCAGGAGAAAGCCCAGACCUAAGGGGAAACUCAGAGUUCUUCCUCUUUCCUCACCCAGCAGUAAUGAGGAGCAGUUCUUCAAGUAUUCAACACCCAAACAAAGACUUCAAGUGGCAAGUAAAGAUGGGCAGUCUCGAGUCAAGCUUAGGAGAUCACUGAACAAAGAAUUUUCAUUACUGAAAGAGACCACUGCUGAUUCAGGUUUUCAAAACAUGACUGUUUCUGAAACCAGUUUACAAGAAGAGCAACUUAAUCUUAUUGAAGAGGAGCACUGUUUGGAUAAAGAAACACCACUUCCCCCAAGAACUGAAGCACUUGGAUCAUCAGAGGAAAUGUGCCACACAGAGCUGCCCAGACAACCAACAUUUCAACCUACAAGACUUUUCCUGUCUAGCCCACUAGAGGAUGCUGCAGAGCGAAUAACUGAAGUGUUGAUGGAAGAUGAAUCAGAGGAAGAGUUGGGUGCUGGUGUCAGAGCUGCAUUUAAUGGCUUUAAGACUCAGCUAAGAGCACACUUUUCUAGCAGGUAUAAGAAGAUUGAAGCCAGAUCACUACAAUCUUUAACGGACUGUCAGAGAAAUGUGACCUCUCUCUUGGGAACUGUACACAAUCAAAGAUUGGUGCAUCUGGAACAGUUCCAGAACUCUGUGGUGCAGCAGUUGGAAUGUUUGGAGAAGGACUGUCUGUCUCUCAAAACCAUAGAGAAGGAGACCGUGAAUUUCUGGCAGUCAGAGUCUGUCACAGUUCGGGCAUUCUGUGAUAAACAGCAGAAGAGGUUGGAUACUCUCCUAAUCCCUUGUGAGGGUUCUGAAGCCUCAGUUAGUCAAUCAGCGAGAAGCGAGGCCAAAGUUACUGUGCCUCUCCAGCCAGUCUCUCCUGAAGGACAAUCAUCCAAGGUUGCACUAUGAGAGAUCACCACUGCAGAUCCCUCGUAGGACUAAUGCUUUUUCUUUCAUUCAUUUUCUUUGCCUUUUUUGUCGGAAUUGUCUACUCCUAAUUAAAACAAUUUAAUUGUCACUGUAAGUUUAAUAUAUAAUAUUAAACAUCACACAUCAUUUGAUACUUCAAGUGUUUUAUUUAGUUAGUAUGAAGAGAAUUAUUCAGUUUUCAUAUCGGCUCUAUUUAUACAACAAAAAAGGGGGCUGGGACGGAGGGAAUAGGUGUG